AUGAAGAGCGCCACCCUUUUGUUGGCGCUGUGCCUGGCCUCCGUGGCCCUGCUGGCCUCUGCUUCUGCCACCUCCGCCGAUCGUCGCACCACCCCGUGGCACGCCCUUGAAGGCUACUCGUUCGAGGCCUACGUGAAGGAGUUCAACAAGGUCUACGCCUCCCUCGAGGAGCGCGAGGCCCGCCGCGCCGUGUUCGAGGCCCGCCUGGCCAAGAUCCGCGCCCACAACGCCGACCCGACCAAGACCUGGAAGGAGGGCGUCAACCACCUCACCGACCGCCACGAGCACGAGUUCCGCCGCCUCCUGGGCUACAAGCCCGCCUUGGCCGCCAAGCCCGCCUACCUGGCUGCCACGGCGCCGCUGCCGGCCGCGAUCCGCGACUUUGACUUCACGCAGAUGCCCGAGAAGGUGGACUGGCGCGAGAAGAGCGUCGUGUCGCCGGUCAAGGACCAGGGCCACUGCGGGUCGUGCUGGACCUUUGCCACGGCCGAGACGGUCGAGAGCCACUGGGCGCUCAAGACUGGGCAGCUGGCCGUUCUGUCCGAGCAGCAGAUCCUCGACUGCACCUCCAACCCCAACCAGUGCGGUGGCACCGGUGGCUGCGCUGGUGGCACUGCUGAGCUGGCGAUGGCGCGCAUCAUCGAGAUGGGCGGCCUGUCGGCCGAGUGGACCUACCCGUACCGCUCCUACUGGGGCGAGAACUUCAGCCAGUGCAACUUCUCCCACACCAGGACCCCGCCCGCGGCCAAGAUCACCAACUUUGUCAAGCUGCCCUCCAAUGAACACUACCCUCUCCUCGGCGCUAUCAUCACGCAGGGACCGAUCGCCAUCAGCGUGGACGCCUCGUCGUGGUCGUCCUACGAGACCGGUGUCUACAACGGCUGCAACCAGACCAACCCCGACAUCGACCACGCUGUGCAGCUGGUCGGUUACGGCAAGGACCCGAAGCACGGUGACUACUGGCUGGUGAGGAACUCGUGGAGCCCCGCCUGGGGCGAGGCCGGCUACAUCCGCAUCAGCAUGACCUCGUCGCCCCAGUGCGGCACUGACCUCAACCCCUCCGACGGCACGGGCUGCAAGGGCGGACCUCCCACCCAGCGCGUGUGCGGCACCUGCGGCAUCCUCUUCGACAACUCCUACCCCAUCGUCUAA